AUGCCAGGUUUACCGCGGAAACUGAUCAUCGUCGCGGCGGUCGACGGGCUCAUCCUGCACGCGCACGGCAAUGGGCAGCGACAUAAUCAUGGCAGCAACAACGAGGCUUCGUCGAUUCGAAUCGACUACAAGACGAACAGGAUCACCGCGCUGCCCGCACCCGCCUUGGGGUCGCCCGAGGAGAGGGACGCGUUGGAGGCCUACGGUCUCGUGGGCAAGUCACCAAUCACGCAACGCGAACUACAAGCGAGGCAUAUGCUAACGGUUUCAUGCGACAACAGGUCUAUUGUCGCGCAGAUCCAAGGCCGUCCCAUCUACGCCGUGACCAAUGUUGCGAUCAUUCCCGUGUCCUCGCAGGCCGACGCAACCCGUGCGAUCGCCCAGGCUCGGGAGGAUGCAUCGCAAGAAGACGUCGGUCUCGAUUCGGGCUCGGAGGAUGAGUUGCCGGAUAACGAAACGAAUGAGACCGAGACGGAGAUCAGCAGCGCGCCCACAUCUCCGAGCCGUCAGACAUUCCAUGCGCGCGGGACCAGUGUCAGCAGCAUCGCCGAAGACGUGAUUGGAAAAAGAGUCCGGUUUGGCCAGUUCGCCGCGAACUGGCUGUCCCGCAAGAAUCUGGGUUUACCCAGACCGGGAGGGCUGGAGCAGAAUGUUUCGGAGUCGCCAUUUGACGAUGCGCCGAGCCCAUCGGACGAUGACCCAAAGACCAAGGAUGAGGCUACAGCAUCGCCUGUAGAGGAUGCUUCUGGCACCCGGGACGAGGCCCAUCCUCCCGGCUCUGGUCAGGCGGCGGAGCUGCUCCCGAAGUUGCUUCGAUAUACUAAACUUCUUUUUGCAUCGCACAACUUCUUUUUUGCAUAUGAUUAUGAUCUCACGCGGUCCUUCAGUGCCCGGGGUGCUUGGAAGGGCCCUCUACCACUGCACAAGGUUGUAGAUCCGUUGUACUUUUGGAAUAGACAUCUAAUGACUGCAUUUAUCGAUACUGGAGCUCAUGGGUUUAUUCUUCCGUUGGUUCAAGGAUUUGUUGGCCAACGAGAAUUUACAGUGGCAGGCCCCGAGAAGAUUCCAUCAUCAGACGAGCCGUCAACAGAGAAACGAGCCGAGGGUCGGAUUCUGGGAGAAAAGCAAGAAGCAGAGUCCAUGACCGCUGCAGUCAACAAACGUGACUUCCUUUUGACCUUGAUUUCUCGCCGAUCUGUCAAUCGGCCCGGUCUCCGCUAUCUUCGUCGUGGCGUGGACGACGAAGGCAACACUGCUAACACGGUUGAGACGGAACAGAUUCUCUCGGUUCCAGACUGGGGCUUGUCUCAUCGGGUCUACUCUUACCUGCAAGUGCGAGGAUCGAUACCUCUAUACUUCUCCCAGUCACCGUACGCUUUCAAGCCUGUUCCGGCCUUGCAUCACUCAGCCGAUACAAACCAGCUUGCUUUUGGGAGGCACUUCCGAGAAUUGAGUCGGCGCUAUGGAAAGAUCCAGGCUGUCUCACUCAUAGACAAGCAAGCCGGGGAAUUGAAACUUGGAGAACAGUUCCAGCGAUACACCGAGACGCUGAAUAAAGCAGGUGGUAUCGACGGCAUGCCGUUAAGCCUAGAAUGGUUUGAUUUCCACCACGAGUGUCGCGGGAUGAAGUUUGAGAAUGUGACGCGGUUGGUGGAUCGUCUGAAGGAGAUGCUGGAUGAGUUUGGCUACUUUACAGUCAAGGACAACACUGUUCUGCGCCCACAAACUGGCGUUGUCCGAACCAACUGCAUGGACUGUCUCGACCGCACUGGAGUUGCGCAGUGUGCGUUUGGGCAAUGGGCCCUCGAACGCCAGCUACAAAAUGAGGGCAUUGAUAUUGAUCUCGGUGGUGGCUCAGCAACCCAAUGGUUCAAUACACUUUGGGCAGACAAUGGCGAUGCGAUCUCUAAGCAAUACUCGUCCACAGCCGCUCUCAAGGGAGACUACACUCGCACGCGAAAGCGGGACUAUCGAGGCGCCCUCAACGACCUGGGGCUGACGCUUUCCCGGUACUAUAACAACAUUGUCAACGACUACUUUUCGCAAGCGUGCAUUGAUUACCUUCUUGGGAAUGUCUCGACGCACGUCUUUGACGAGUUCGCCAUGGAACUGCAAACCACCGACCCAGGCAUCUCGGUGCAGAAAUUGCGGCAGAAUGCCAUCGACACCAGCUGCAAGAUCGUGAUCAGCAGCCCAUCAGAGGAAUUCCUAGGUGGUUGGACUAUGCUGACGCCGCUCCAACCCAAUACGCUUCGAACGCUCCCGUUCGAAGAAUCGGUGCUGCUUCUGACCGACGCCGCCGUGUAUAGCUGCCGCUUCGACUGGGAAACCGACAAAGUGCUGUCCUUUGAACGCAUCGACCUCCGCUCCAUCUCGCGCAUUCACUAUGGCACCUACAUCACCUCGAUCCUCACCGACAGCCAAGUCGACGAGCGCCGCAAUGUCGGUCUGGUCGUCGUGUACCGCGACGGCGAUGCCAACGCCUUGCGUGUCAACACCCGCUCCCUGCAGACCCAUGUCCGCCCGGGCACCCUUGAUCAUACAGCCAAUUCCAACGGCGAAUGGGAUCUGGUUUCAUGGCUCCGCGGCAGCAAGCGUGCCACCACACGCUUUGUGGCGUUCAAGACUCUUCCAUUGCCCAACUCGGUCGCCAGCCCUCGACUGGGUCCCAGCACCGGUCAUGUUCGUGAGCUUGACCGCGUGCGCUCGAUCUGUCAAGAUAUUGAGCGGGCUAUGCUUGCUGGUAGUGUGCCGCAGACCGAGACAUCUUCGGUCGUGGAGGAAUCCGAUAUUAUCUCUCUUGCGGACGCGAAGAAGCGCACUGGCAUCUUGGAGUAUUUGGUCUAUGAUAUCAAGAAGAUGGUUUGGGCUUGA